AUGCGCCCGCUCAAGAUCCAUUGCGUCAUCCCACACUUUCCCCUGCCAGCUUCAGCAAGAAAUGGCUGCUUACCCUCAUCCCACGCCAUACGACCAGUCUCUAACCUCGAACAUCGCCAAACCCAGCCUCGUCUUAUACACCAUUUGCCACACCAAGCAAGCGCAAGAACUCUCGCGAGCACAGAGCACCUAAUUCACCACUUCCCCGCAACCUCAAAACCGCGACUACAAACCAGCUCUACUCUACGCACCCAGUGUCCCUUCUCAACCUCAACACAAACCAUGUCCUCCGACGACGCCUACAUGUCCUUCUUGGACAAGGCCAACGCAGAUGUCAGUGGCCAAGCCCCGCAAGGGACCGACACCAUAAAAACCGAGACCGUGCACAGCUCCCUCUCUGUCCCAAAGCCACUGCAGUCCGUCAACGAAUACUACACGUCCGACACAGACGAGCCCUUUGAGCCUGUCGCAUUAAAGUGGGAUGGUGCCGCCAAGGGGGCAUGGCCCAGCGCUGACCAGCUCUCCUCUCUGAUCUCCCCAGAUAACGACCUAUCCCAGUCCAUUUCCAGUCUAUCCCCCGACUCCUUCGACCCGAAGAACCAGUACUCCUCCGCCCUGGAUGCUGUGCGCGCCGCGGCUGUUGAGAAUGAUUCGGGCGCUGACAAGUCUGCUGUGGAGCUGAAGGUUUACCGGGUUGAACAAACUAGUACUAAGAUUGAAUACUGGGUUCUGGCGCUUCAUGCGCCUGAGAGUCGUCUUGUCGGUCUGCGUGCUAAGGCUGUUGAGUCGUAA